AUGACCAAGCUCAUCGUUAUCAUUGGCGUUACUGGCAAGCAGAGAAAGGGGUCUUCUAUUGCCAGACAAUUCCUGGAUUUGCCCAGUUGGAAAGUCCGGGGUAUCACUAGAAAUCCGUCCAGUCAAAAUGCCCUUCAUUGGGCGGCUGAGGGCGUUGAAAUCGUGAAAGGCGACCUAGAUGACACAGCUUCCCUUCGAGCCGCCUUUCAAGGGGCCAACGCCAUAUUUGCAAACACCGAUUUCUUCAGCCACAUGUUUGAUGGCACACACGGACCUGAUACGGCGUUGCAGUAUGCUUUCGACAGGGAAGUCGAACAUGGGGAGAAUGUUGCCCGUGCUGCAUCUGAUUCUAGCGUCCUUAGGACACUAGAGCACUUUGUAUAUUCAUCCCUCAGUGAUGCCUCCCGGUGCAGCGGAGGAAAGUACACCACUAUUUACCACUUUGACUCUAAGGCCAGAACCAUGGACUUGAUCCAAAGUCAGUUUCCGGAGCUGGCUAAGCGUAUGAGUGCCCUGCAAAUGGGCCACUACGUCACAAACUGGCAAGCUGUACGAGCUAUGGCUCCGCUGCGCCAACCGGAUGGGAUGUAUCUCACGAAGAGGCCUUUCUCUGCAGACGUGCAAAUGCCUUUUGUCGUUCCAGGCAGAGAUACGGGAGCAUUUGUUAAGGCAUUACUGGAUGUUUCUCCUGGGAAGACUCUCGUCGGUGUAUCCGAGAUGAUGACCUUUCCGACAUGGAUGGAGAUUUGGGGACGUGUAUUAGGUGUCCAGGCUGCCUACCAAGAAGUGCCGCCUGAUGAGUUCUAUAAGGACUUCCCAGAGCCACUUGGUCGAGAGUUGAUGGACACGAAUGAAUACAUGAUUGAGUUUGGGUACACUGGUGGAGAUCCUGAAGUCAUAUACCCAAAAGAGUUGGACCCGAAUAUCAAGACGACCUCCAUGGAGGAAUACAUUAAGGGCGAAGAUUGGUCUAGCGUGCUUGGCGAGUAG